AUGUUAGCUGUGGGGGCGAUGGAGGGCCCCCGGCAGAGCGCGUUCCUGCUCAGCAGCCCGCCCUUGGCCGCCCUGCACAGCAUGGCGGAGAUGAAGACCCCGCUCUACCCUGCCGCCUAUCCCCCGCUGCCCACCGGGCCCCCCUCCUCCUCGUCCUCGUCCUCCUCGUCCUCGUCGCCCUCCCCACCUUUGGGCGCAAACAACCCGGGCGGUUUGAAGCCCCCGGCCGCGGGGGGCCUCUCGUCCCUGGGCAGCCCCCCGCAGCAGCUUUCGGCGGCCACCCCGCAUGGCAUCAACGACAUCCUGAGCCGGCCCUCCAUGCCGGUGGCCUCGGGGGCCGCCCUGCCCUCCGCCUCGCCCUCGGGGUCUUCUUCCUCCUCCUCCUCGUCCGCCUCCGCCACCUCGGCCUCUGCGGCCGCCGCCGCUGCUGCCGCUGCCGCCGCCGCCGCCGCCUCGUCGCCCGCCGGGCUGCUGGCCGGCCUGCCCCUGUUCAGCAGCCUGAGCCCUCCGCCACCGCCGCCCGGGCUCUACUUUAGCCCCAGCGCCGCGGCCGUGGCCGCCGUGGGCCGGUACCCCAAGCCCCUGGCCGAGCUGCCCGGUCGGACGCCCAUCUUCUGGCCUGGGGUGAUGCAGAGCCCGCCUUGGAGGGACGCGCGCCUUGCCUGUACCCCCCAUCAAGGAUCCAUUUUGUUGGACAAAGAUGGGAAGAGAAAACACACCAGACCCACAUUCUCCGGCCAGCAGAUCUUCGCCCUGGAGAAGACUUUCGAACAAACGAAGUACUUGGCAGGACCAGAGAGAGCACGCUUGGCCUAUUCUCUGGGGAUGACGGAGAGUCAGGUCAAGGUCUGGUUCCAGAACCGGCGGACCAAGUGGAGAAAGAAGCACGCAGCCGAGAUGGCCACGGCCAAGAAGAAGCAGGACUCGGAGACUGAGCGGCUCAAGGGGACUUCGGAGAACGAGGAGGACGACGACGAUUACAACAAGCCCCUGGACCCGAACUCUGACGACGAGAAAAUCACUCAGCUGCUGAAAAAGCACAAAUCGAGCGGCGGCAGCCUCCUGCUGCACGCGUCGGAGGCCGAGGGCUCGUCCUGA